UCCGAAUCCUAGACUUGGCGAAAAAUCAACCGGGUUGAUUAGUUUUCCGACCAAUCCUCUGGUUUCGCGUUUGAGGAGGCUCUAUUUACUAGCUGGCCUAAACGGCCUUCAACUCCCGCAUCGGACUAUGUUGACCGCACGCUGCUAUAUCCUACCGAGUAGAACGCCGAAGUUUUCAAUUAAAUCGAUCUACUCGCCCUGAAAGCAGUGUUACCGACACACAACCUCGAUUCAUGUCAAUGUCACCCGCAACUACUCAGCCGGAAAUACACAGGUCGUUUACUCGACCCUUUCCACUGGCAGAAAUCUAUAAAGGAUGCCCGGCUUAGCUCGUUUCAUCCAGUACAUCCCCCCAGAACUUUUUACGAUGCUGCCUUCACUGAGUGUCUUACUAGCUUCCAUAGCUGUCCUCGUCACUUCUUCCUCUGCGCAACAGGCCCACAUCCAAUCUCCACAAUCUGGCUUCCAGGUCAGCGCCAGCCAGAGCUUUACCGUCGAAGUCGAAACGCCACCUUUCCUAUCCAGUUCAGAGGAAGUCUCCGUCGUAUUAGGCUACAAACCCUGCGGGACAAUGCUAUGUUUAUCUCCCAGCGAAACUGGAAUCGGAGAGGUCCUUUACAAAGGCGAUUACAACCCACAACGCGGCACUGGACUGAACGUACAGCAGAAUUUCACCGUUACGAUCCCAACUUGGGCAAGUCCUGGUCCUGCCAUGUUGAGUUUGGUUCAUUAUGCUCUGAUUGGGGCUGUGAAUAUCCCUUGGAUGGAGAGUAAGGCGAUUAAUUUGACGGUUGUUUAAUGUUUAGUGCUCAUGGGACGGUAUCGGCAUAAUCACAACUGUAUGUUGGGGUUUUGGACUUUGAACAAUAGUACUUUCGAUGAACUUCUAAUUUCAACUUGCGAACUACUGCGCUGUUUCUCCC